UCCCCCCACAUCAUAGGCUUCCCUCUCCCUCUUUCUCUGAGUGCCAGCCAUCCCUUCCGCCUUCCUCCCUUGGUCUCCAUCGUCUCCUGACCACGCUCUUUGGCCGCCGAGAUGUCGAGCUCCUCCUCGGCCCCCGCGAUGAUGCGCGUCCCCCAGUCAUCCUACGUCCCGUAUCCGAUGUCCGGAUACGAGAUGGUCGAUGUGCCGGACACCUUUUCCUCGGAGGUUGGCCUGUCACAACUCAUCUCGCAUGGGCUUUACUCGUCCUUCGCUACGGUGGCUGCGUCGCCGCUGAACGUCAGCUCCAUUGUCAUGAAGGCCCAGUAUCAGUCGCCCGGAUUUUUCAUUCCUCCCACUCCCACACGGCCGGCUCCCGGCCGGGCCGGCCCUCAGCCUGACACGUCGGUCACCAGCCCGGUCAAUUACCCCCAGCUGGAUGGGCUGAUGCGGGCUCUGGUGGCCCUGGUCGAUGACAGUGGCGUCCUUUCCCUGUGGAAGGCCCUCGUUCCACAAACUCUCAUGGCCCUCUUCCACAGCCUGACCCAGUCGUCGGCCGAGUCCAUCCUCAACGAGGUUUUCCUCCUGGAUGACCAUGUGCCCAUUGAGUCGAUGGACCACUUCCUGCCCAACCUCGGGACCCUUUUUGCGUCCCAUGCCCUGACCAACCUCCUCAGCGCGCCAGCCAACACCGUCCUCACCCGCAUGGUUCUCGAGCGCCCCUCGCCCAAGGCGAAGUACACCUCUUUUUGGGGAUCGCUCUUCACGAUCUUCCGCGAGGAGGGCAUCGGCGGCCUGUUCGCCGGGUGGAUGCCCUUCGUCCUGGAGCGCACCAUUCCGGUCACCCUGCGGACACUGAGCUCCAUCUUCUUUGACCGGUAUCUCCGGCUGACCGAUGCGUCCAUCAUCACCUCGAUGCUGGCCGAGGCGGUGGUCAACCUGACUGAGCUUGCCAUCACUUCGCCCCUGAGCACGGCGGCUGUUCGCCUGCAGGCGCAGCAGGUGUUCAAGCGCAGCCGGCAGCUCUCUCGGCCCUAUGUGCCACUGGUGGCCAUCUCGCCGGUCCCCUACAAGUCUUGGGUUGACUGCAUUGUGCGCAUUCCCCGCGAGGAGGGCAUCCGCUCGCUGUACCGCGGCAUCGAGAGCCGCUUCUUCUCGAACAUCGUUCACACCUCCAUGAUGUAUGUCAGCGAGCUGGAAAUCGAUGAGAUCAGCGAGAUCUGAUCCCUUUCUCCCUCCUCUCCUGUCGCUAUCUCUGUCGCUCCCUUGUUCCCUGGCUGGUUGACGUGGUGCACAGUCCCCCCUUUUCUUUUUUUUUUUGCAUGCCCCACUCUCAGCAGGAUGGUGCUCCCCUUCUCUCGGCACUUUCAUCAAUAGAUUCUCCCCCUCCUUC